ACUGCAUCGCCACGAACGAAUCGCAUGCUCAUACGGACACACGCCGCUACCGCAGCCACACGCAACACUCAACACAAGACCGUGCAAGACCGUCAGCCCCAGGAAAAGGCACAUUCGUGGAUGCAUUCGUGAUUCACUCGCUCUCUUUCUCUCUCCCUCUCUCUGCCCGCUGGCCGGGCGACCAUCUCUGUCUGCCUGCAUCGACUUGCCGCGAAGCGCACGAGCACUCCACCUACGUCGACAACCGACAGCAGCAGAGCCGACAGAGUGACGGACGGCACCGCAUUGGCGUAGAUCCCGUCGCUGCUGCUCAGGAACACUGUCAAGAGCUGACCACACCACAACACCAAAAGCAAAGAGAAAUGGAUGCACGAUUGUGUGGGUCUUCAUUGACUCGCCCACUUGCAGCGUAAGCAUGGGCAAGUACCCGACGAGGGACAUCAGCUCCAGGGAUGCAAACGCAGUGCUCUUCACGGGAAUGGAGAAGGCCUUGCCACCCAACUUGCUCCAACAUAGGUGAAGGACACCAAUCGAGAAGAAGCCGCCGAACAGAAUGUAGACGAGCCCUGUGCCGUCGUCGUCCGCCUCCGGUGCCGCUGUCGACAAUCCCGUGGCGUGAAGAGUGCCUUUCUGCUCCUUCCGAUCCUUCCCCUUUGCCCCCGCCGUCUCGCCCUUGUGCUGUGGUGGUGGCACAGGGAGCACCAGUGCGGGUGCAGACUCGGUCUGCUGGGGCCAAAGGCGCGGCAACGGCAUGACGCCUUCUGCUGUUGCUCUAGUGGGCAUGUCGGGGAUGGACUCGACGCCCUCCUCAGGCAGGUCCCUGUCGCCAGCAUGGGGGCCCGCGCCAGGCAUGUCAUCGAACGGCCAACCAAAGACGGCGUCCGACGAGACGGCACUCAGAGGGAAGGAGGGGCAGUAGGGCAAGGCACUGUGGCCAUUGUCGUCCCCCCACUCCGUGUCGAUGUGGAUCAUCACCGAUGUGGGCAUGUCUUCCGCGACCCAUGUGACAGACCGCUUGGGAGGUGGGGGCUGGUGCUGGUAGGUUUGGGCUGCAGAUUGGUCGCGGGAGAUGGUGGAGGCCUUGGUCGUCUGUCUGCUGGUGGUGCCGCGCGUCGGGUGUCGAGAAAAGGUGCGCGCAUAGGACGGGUGGACCGUCACCUACACAUACACACACGGAUACACACCAGACGCAGUGGGCUUCAUGCAUUGCUCUCACCCAGGAAAUGUUGUAUCCGACUACAGUGGCCUCAUUGAAGAUGACUAGAAGACAGAAGUGCCCCGUGGCCACCCAGAACAGCCAGCCCGAAUGAUCCGUACGAAACAGAGACACCACCAAGACAACUGCAGCCAACGAAACCAAGACGCAAUCCAGAGACAACAAACGUUAAAUUCGAUCACCAACUGUGCAGGCUGACCGUGGGUAAUGGUGCCGAGGGCCGCGAGGGCUGCCGCGACCACUCGCCAGAUGACCGUAUUCGGAGCCGUCUUCUUCUUGUGGCGAGCAUACGAAAACACGAAGAAGAGCAGCAGGACCGCGGCCGCGAGAAACAUGAAUACGUAUGGAUUGACCUGCACGGCACGGCGACACGAUAAAGGGAUGCCCUCAAUUCGCUUGCGUGCGCUGAGUGCAUGUGUGUGUAUGGGUGCGUACAACAAUGGGGCAGCUAUGGCCAUACAGCAUCCAGAUGGGGGACAUUUUCAGCACGAGCAGCGACAGCGAUGAGUAUCUUGCCCUAUAGUGAUCCAUACUGCAUUCGUAGCCCUGGGCUGGACACACACAGAAUGAGAAGUCGCCUGCCUUUUCUCAUUUCUGCGGUAGAGGGUGUACCGAUGAGCGUGGUUGGACACAGCCGCGGCCCCGACACCGCAAUGGGCUCAACCUGCAGACGUCGUGAUAGGAAGGAAAGAGCUGCAUCAGUCAAUCGAGCGAAGCAUUAUGAGCGUACGGACCCACCUGGUCUAGACACCACUGAGUCACAUCCUUCCAGAGGAGGCACUUAUACUGUGUCGAGGUGAAUGCCUCGCACUCCGGCUCUUCGACACACUAAGAGACGAGAACAAAGAGCGGAUGAGUGACCAUGCGCAAACGGGUUUGUGUAGCUGAUCAUACCAAUUCUUGACAGUACACGGGCGGGUACCACAGCCUGAAAACACAGACAAGAAUGAACGUGGAUGUGGACGCGAAACGGCGCCUAUCAACGUAUGUGUUGUUCUCACAGAUCCAUAUUGGCAAUCAUGAUGGAUGAGGUGGGGCUCGGCUGCACGCCAGGAUGGUCUGAUGAAACACCAACAGAAAGCAACGCCAUGUGCGCGCGCGGCUAGCUGUAGAUUUUGCUCACAGCAUCCACAAUUGUCCACGCCGACGCGGGACAAAUUGUUGGCACGGACGACGUAUCGCAACGGCUGAAUCAAGAAUGGCGGCGGGCCGAUGUCACCUCGAUGGAAUGAGCGCUCCUCCGGUGUCCCGCUCUUGCCCGCAGCUCGCGCGUCAGGCCCGGUAGGCAGCCCCCAAUAGAGAGACGGGUCGGCAGGCAUCAGGUGCAUGCCGUCCUUGGUGAGAGGGGGGAGAGGCGGGGGAGGGAAUGUUGCUCUUGGCGCGGGGCCGCAGUCGUGGCCCUGUAAUACCCAGACAUCCACACGUGUGCCGCGACGCUCUGUCUGUGUCAAGGUGUUCAUGUUCCCUCUUCACACGUACCUCUACCCAGCCCUGAACCAAUAUAGCAAUGAUAACGAAGCAAUAUUAUGCAUUUUGAAAUAGUUAUAAUACCAUAAUGGCUCCAGCCAUGCAUAUCUUCCGAUCCUUUUGGCCGCAGAGUUGGCACACAUUCCUGACGACUCGCUCAUCUCGGGGCCAUCUGUCGAACCAGGUGAAGGCCACACAGCCGGGGACGCCCUUGCAAAAGCUGUGGCACUCGUUCAGGGUGACAUUCUCGAUGCCUUCCCGAUAGUGAUGACGAGUGUUAGAGAAAAGGCACGCCAUCUGCACAAAGAGAUACACACGCACAGACACAGUGGACACAUGCCGUGACAGAGGGAAUAUUGGUUCUUCUUUGGGGCCAAUGCUCACGUUGUACUCGUAGCAGGGACUCAUAUGCGCACCUGCAGCAACGAGGGAGGCAAGACAAACACAUACGAUACAUACACAUGUGCUUUGUCGACGGGUGCGUGUAUGUCUGUCUGCUGACCGCGGCUGCAGUCCAUUGACCAUUUGGCGCCGCUGACGUACCAGUUGACGAUGCCAUGUUCACUUGUCUCCUCUGGCGCAGCACGCCGGCCCGCAUCUGAGCUCUUCAGCGAGCACCCGCCUCUCCUCUUGAAUGUCCAUGCGUUGCAGCGGUCGUACACUUGACAGCCCCUCUGACAAUCGCUGGAGCCAUAAAAGGACCGAAACGGGGUGAUUGAUUUGUCACUCGUCGGCCUGUCUGUCUGUGUGCGUACUAAGGUCGCGCCACCAUGUGGCCCAGCGCAUUGACGUCGAAGCCAACACUGGGCGUUUGACCGAUCUCGUCUGCGAUGCCGAUGGUGCUGAUGUGGACAGGUUCGCUGAGGUCGUGGCCCUCGUACUCGAUGUCCCUGCACGAAAAAGCUGGAUCGAAAAGGACUUAGACGUGCCGUGUGCUGUGUAUACCAUUCGAAGCAAUCCCAAGAGGCGUUCUCGCGGGGAGGGGGGACUGUGACGUUGGUUGCGCCGAAGCAGACGUCUGCAGCCAACGAACCAGCACACAGACCAUCCCACACAGCCGGCAGAUCUAUGUGUGGCAGAUGUGCUGUCUGCUUGACUGCGCACUGGAUCUCCUCCCGGCUGGCGCGCAUUCGACGUCUGAAUGGCAGGCACAGCAUGCAGAUGUGUGAUCAUUGAUAAGUGAUUGAUUCGCUUCUCUGCCUCACAUCGCUCACAGUACCUUCUGGCCAGCCGCCCCAAGCGUCGUGGCAUGUCCCAUGAAUGAAAAGAGAUGAUGCGGCGAGAAGCAAAGGCAACACAGGGUGAUGAAUGUCGUGCGCCAUCGCUUUGGGCCACUAAGUUGUGUUUCAAGGCAAUACGGGCUGUGAAGCAGUGCGUUGAAGUGAAGCCAACGCCAUUGAGUGAUUGACCCGUGUUCGACUGUACAGACACGAGCCAAUCAAGACUGCCACACAUGCACGUUCUCUCUCUCUCUCUCUCUCUACAUUCACACAGACAUACCCACCGGGCAUACAUGAUGUGUGCCUGUCUGAUUGAUCUAUCUAUCCCUCCUCCUCCUCCCCAUCGGCCUGCGGCUGCCCGUCCACGUCCCUCUCUCCCUCGCCAUCGCUAUGGCUAUCACUCUCGCUUCCGCUGUUGUCGCCCGCGUUGGUGGCCCGAUCAUCCUCACCGCCACCUGGCUGGGGGACCACCUGAAUCACACCCGCCUCAACUAACGCUUCCAGCCGCUGCGCAUCGACGCGAUUCGGUAGGUAGGUGGCGAGGAUUGCGAGGGCCUGAACAAAGACAGCACAGUUUGUGUGUGUGUUUGCGUCGCUUGUCAUCACUCCUGCCGUACAGGUUACCCGCACUGCGAUGGCCACGUCGUUGUGUGCCUGCAGCUCGACAAUCUUGUCCACACCGCCGGCCUGCACGCGAGAGACAAACGGAAAAAGCAGCCAUGUGUGUGUCGGGCGUGGUGUGCUGUUGUCUCUUGUCCAAUUACCUGCUCCAGUAGUGUGCAGUAGGGGUUGUCGGGGAGGCCCUCGUUGGCCUGCUUCUGACGACCCGCACUGCAAAAAUGCCAGAAACAGCAGGCGACCCCUUUGUGUGUUCGUUCAUUUGGCUAGUGUUGCUUUACCGUAGUGUCUUGUAGAGCACUAGAAGAGUGGAUUGUAGCCCCAUGAGGUCCUCAGUGGAGGCCUGGAGCAGGUCACAGAGGGGCUGGAUGCCGCCACACUCGACCACAUACUCAGUCUGAACAAAUGAAUAAACACUGCGUGUGGGAUGUGUGUCUCACAUCGCCAGCUGGUUGGCUGCCACGCACCUGCUGCUGUACUCCUCCGGCUAUGUUUCCGACGGUUCUUGCUGCCAUCUCCUUGAGCUCCAGUUCGGUCUCUCCGCUGGCCGCCACGUCGACCAGCAGAGGCACCAGAUCACCAUCGAUGACCGCCUGCCGAUGCUCAAAGCUACCUGCAGCCAUCCAGACCUAACAGCACCCCGCACGAGCUGUGCUGUGCUUGAUGGGAUCCCUCACCUGCAGAGAUGACGUACGCUGUGAGGGAUGCGACGCACUUCAGCGAUGGCUCGGCCGACUCCAGCAAUGCCUUCAGCGAGGCCACCGCGCCACACUCGACCAACACGUCACGGUCAGAAUUGGUGCCUGCAGGUCCUGCAGGCAGGCGAGAGAACAAUCAGAGGGAAGCCAUGCAGCAUUUCGUGUUUGCAUGUUUGUUUGCUGACCUUGAGCCUCAGCACAAGCGUUGGCACAGAACCCCCAAAGUGUCUGAGGGCCCCUCGUGCAGAUCGCCGCACGAGCUCGUUCUGCUCAGGCGCGCUGAGGAGACUGACCAGGACGGGCAGGAAACGGCCACUCUCGCCCAGUGGGACAGGGAGAGGCAGGCCACUCCACAGCUUGCCCAGCAGCUCUCCCCCCAUGGCCAGCACCUGGAUGCUGCUGCUCUCAUUCAUCGCCUUCAGCAGCGGCUCCAGGAUACCUACGGCCAGCACGGCAUCGAUACGGUCCAUCGAAGUGUCUGCGAUGGAUUCCAGGGCACAAAUCGCCGGCCCACGCACAUCGUCGUGGAGUGACGCCACCGCCUGUACCAGGCGCGGGACGGCGCCGGCAUCGGCCACGGCCUUGGCGUGGUGAAUCGCCAGUAGGUUGAGGGAAUACGCUGCUAGUUUCUGCACCUCCUCGCACCCGCCAAGCAGCUCCACCAACACCGGAACCAUACCGACGUCGACGGCCCUCUGCCCCAUGGCACCCUGCAUGUGCUUAAUGGACAGCAGCCGCACCAGCCGCCGCAGGGCACGGAGCCGAAGUUGCCGAUCACUGGCCGAGGCCAUCAGGUUGCGGAUGUCAGUCAGGACGCUGGCAAUGUCGGCCUCCAGGGCCUCCAGCCCCCGCUGCCUCACCCUCUGGUCGUAGGUCUCUUGCGUGUGGAUGGCAUCGAACAGCUUGCCCGCCGUGGCCAAUGCUGAUUGGGGUGAGGGCUGGCCACCUGUGCUGCUCGCCGACUCCAU